AGGCGGGGACGGGCCUGGCGCCACAUUCCAGCCGUCAUGUGUGGAGGGGCGGCCGAGGCGUGGCGGGCGGCCGUGUUUUCUGUCCCUGUUCUCGGUAAUAAUUAAGACGCCAGCCACACACGCCUCAGAGCCUUGCCGCCGUGGAGCCAGCCCGUAAAAAUGGCGCCGGACAAGGACCGAGAGGCGGCUCUGCGAGACCGGGAAAAUGUCCGCGUGGUGGUGCGUGUGCGACCACUGAGUGAGAAGGAGGCACAGGCUGGCUACCCAAGUAUUGUGAAGUGUGAUGACCUCAACUGCUCCCUCCUGGUGACAAACCCAGCCGCCCAGGAUGGAGAACCUCCCAAAGUAUUCACCUUCGACUCGGUGUUUGGCCAGGACUCAAAACAAAUGGAUGUUUACAACCUUGCUGCUCGUCCCAUUGUUGAAAAUGUCCUCGAAGGCUAUAAUGGGACCAUCUUUGCCUAUGGCCAAACCGGCACAGGCAAGACUUUCACCAUGGAGGGAGUGAGGACUGUGCCAGAACUCAAGGGAAUCAUUCCAAACUCCUUCGCACACAUCUUUGGCCAUAUUGCCAAGGCUGAGGAGGACAAAAAAUUCCUGGUACGUGUCUCUUACUUGGAGAUCUACAAUGAGGAGGUGCGUGACCUCCUCCGCCAGGACCAGUCUGUGCGGCUGGAGGUGAAGGAGCGGCCUGACGUGGGGGUGUACGUGAAGGACCUGCUGACCCAUGUUGUGCACAAUGCUGGGGAGAUGGACAGAAUCAUGACCCUUGGCAAUAAGAACAGAGCGGUCGGGGCCACCAACAUGAACACACACAGUUCCCGUUCACAUGCCAUCUUCACCAUCACCAUUGAGUGUGCUGAGCGGGGCCUUGAUGGACAGCAGCACUGGAGGGUCGGGAAGCUGCACCUUGUUGAUCUAGCUGGUUCAGAAAGACAAAGCAAGACUGGAGCAACAGGACAGAGGCUGAAGGAGGCUAGCAAGAUCAACCUGUCCCUUUCCACGUUGGGCAAUGUCAUCUCUGCCCUGGUGGACGGCCGCUCAACACACAUCCCCUACCGGAACUCCAAGCUGACCAGGCUGCUGCAGGACUCCCUCGGGGGAAACUCCAAGACUGUCAUGUGUGCCAACAUUGGGCCAGCGAGUUACAACUAUGACGAGACCAUCAGCACCCUGAGGUAUGCCAAUCGGGCGAAGAACAUUUGUAACAAGGCCAAGAUCAAUGAGGACCCCAAAGAUGCCCUUCUCCGGAAGCUGCAGGAUGAGAUUAAGAGUCUCCGUGACCAGCUUGAAGAUGAGGAUGAAACAGAUGGCUCGGAGGAAGAGGAUCAGGAGGGAGAAGAGAAACCGAAGAAGAAGAAGAAGAAAUUGAAAGAAGAGGAGGUGGAAGCCAUCAAGAAGAAGAUAGAGGAGGAGAGGAAGAUGCUGGCUGAGAGGAAGGACUUGGAGGAGGAGGAGAGGAACAAAGUAAAGAGUGAUCUUGACAGACAUGAAAAGGAGGUCAAGAAGGCACUGAAGGAGCAGGAGGCCCUGAAACAGCGCCUUCAGGGGCUUGAACGGAAGAUCCUGGUAGGUGGUGAGAAUCUCUUGGAGAAGGCAGAGGAGCAAGAGCGGUUACUUGAGGAAUCUGCUAAAGAGUUGGAGGAGAGGCGAAGACAUGAGGAGCAGCUGAGACGUGCCAUCACGCAGAAAGAGGCAGAAAGAAUUGACUUGGAGGAGAGGUACACCAGCCUGCAGGAGGAGGCAGCCGGCAAGACCCGCAAACUGAAGAAGGUCUGGACACUCCUUAUGGCGGCUAAGUCAGAACUUGGGGACAUGCAGGCAGAGCACCAGCGGGAAAUGGAGGCACUGCUGGAGUCUGUGAGGCACCUCUCAAGAGAACAUAAACUGCACCAGCUUAUCAUUGACUCCUUCAUCCCUCUUGACUACCAGGAGAUGAUAGAGCGAUACGUACACUGGAAUGAGGACAUUGGGGAAUGGCAGCUGAAAUGUGUUGCUUACACAGGGAACAAUAUGAGGAAACAGCUAGAUACUGGGGAUAAUGAAAAAGAAAAUAUGAACCAAGAGAGUGAGAUGUGGCAGGUAUACAAGACUUACAGCCCCGAGGUGUAUUCCCGCCCCCCUCCCACCACCAUGGCUGCCACCAAGCCUCGUAGGAAAAAGUCUGGCAUACCCCGGCCCAAGCACAGCAGGUCAGCCCGGAAGGGGGACAAAAACUAGCAGUAGGGAACAAGAUAACUGAAAUUCAGGUAGAAAGGUGUCUGAAUGCUGGGCUUGUAUUGCCCUUGAUAGUGCUUUAUGGGGGGAAGGUCAGGCUUGUGAUCUUACUUGGCUUGCUGGCUAGUGAGACCAAGGUGCUGGGGCUGUAGCAGGCAGGGAAGAAACCAGCAGGACUUUCUAUGUGACAACUUUAUGUGUUUGUCUUCAGGAGAUGUCAAGAGGGAAUCUCGUCACUGUCCUAUUUAUGAAUUUUAUAUAUUGUAUAUAAUCAUGAGUAUCUGUUGCAGAUACACAUACAAAUGCAUGUGCACACACACACACACACACACACACUGUGGUCUACUUUUUUAUCGGUGAAAAUGUGGUCGUCCACAGAGGUACCCCUUUCCCACUGAUUGGUUGAUAAUGUAUAUAAUGUCAUUUUUCUUUAAAUAUUUACCAGUUAAUGUGAACCAAUACUUAUCUACUAGCUCAUGUCUCUCUCUUCAAUAUAUUUUGCCAACUAAAUAUGAUAACAAGUAAAGAGACUAUGAAGUAAUGUGCUGGUAGGUAUAAGUCUUGAUUUGUUGACAUUAGUCACUCAUGUCAGCAAUACAAGCUCAAAUAAAAUGAUGCCUUUAGGCUUUGUAUAUUCAAUCAGCUAGCAGCAAACUUUCCAUGGAAAAAGGGCAUCUCUGUGGGCGAGUGCAUUUUUGCUUCGAUAAAAAAAAAGGUUAUAAUAUCAAACAGACAAAUCAAGUACAUUAUUGCAGGUACAGAAUAGAAUGUCUCCCAGCCAAGCAUAACACCCAGUGAGCUGUGCUGCAGUUCUAGUGACACGCACACACACACAGUGGUCCUUUAGCUCACUGUAUGGCAGCUUUGGUGUCAGUUUUGCUAGGAAAACUGUACUCACUGCUGCUUUGUUUGGGAAAAUCUCUGUACUUGCUGUCCAUGUCAUCGUUGAUGUCUUCAUGGUGGACGUGUCAGAAUACUACAGUAACAGGCAUUCCUGCAGGAACCAAUAUGCCUCCUGGUAUCAUUAAGAUCUACUAUCUAAUUGUUUGUUGAGGUCUCCUUCACACCUUGUUUUUAUGCUUAUCCUCUUUUUUAUAUUCUUUUACACGAAUCGUUUUCUACUUUAGCAUUUUCACAACCUUUUUCUCAGCUAACCUUUAGACAAGAGAAAAAUAGUUAAUGUAUGAAAUGGUGAAACACAGAGGGCCAAUAUUAAGAUUUUCACCCACCUAGGCACACCACUAGCUAACAGUCAAAGAUGAAACAUGGUGCUUUAGUCUGGAAUCUCUUGUGAACAUAAAGAUCUAUUGCUACCUGUUUGAAUGGUGAAGUCAAAGCAGGGGCAGUGUCCCUACUAUGCUUCUUGCUGUGUCCAUCUGUGUCUCAAGAGCUAUGGUGUAGGGGAGGGUGACACAGAUUGGGGUGUAGCUGGUAUCUCACAUUAGUGUGCUGAAGUAUUACAGGUUGGUGUAGUGGUUUCCAAUCUGGUGCAACUAACUAGCUUUAUUAUGAAUUUUUGAAGAAGUGAUGCUAGUUGUAUUUUCAAGAGAAUUUUUAAGGUCUGUGUUAUUGUGGAGUAUUACGAGUUUAAUGCUCAAGACAUUCACAAUCUAGUCAUUUGCUUAGUCAGGUCAAGCAGCUGUAAUCUCAGAUUCUUUUGGUAUAUUUAGUUGAAUUAUGUUAAUUCACUUUGUUGAUUUUUCUUUCAGGGACAUUGUUUUGCAAUAUAUGAGCUAUUUAAAUUAAUGCAUUUUGCCACAAUAAAAUUAUUCUUUGUAU